AUGCUAUACGAUGAUUUUAACAAACUAAACAUUUACUUAAUUGUGACGGUGUAUGUAGGCUUUCCACUUCUGUCCCCUGGAGUAAAAGCAAAGUUUGGAGGUGCCGAGGGGAGCUUGAGAUUAUAUGGUUACGCUGCGCAUCGCAUAGGGCAAUGUUAUUUUGAAUAG